AUGGUAGGCCUCGCAGAUGACUGGUAUAGUCAGCAGAAGCUGGAGUUCCGCCAGCGCAACCUUAGCACUUGGGAAGGAUGGGUCGCAGCUCUUCGACCAGCGUUCCAGGGCGACAUCGCUGAAAAGGAAGCGCAGGCUAUCGCACGCAAAUGGGAAUACAGAUCUGAAUACGCAGCCGCUUACUUCUUCCAGAAGCAUCGAAUGAUCAAGUCUUGCUGGCCUCACAGGGAUCCAGCCAGUAUCGCCAGGGACAUCUGGAGAGGACUGCCCGAGAGCUACCAAGGAAUGAUCCGAGAACAAUUCUCGGCUAACCCCAAUCUCGAUACGUUGCUAGAGGAACUCAAUCAGUACGAGAACACCUGGAGA